AAGGAGAAGUUCACUUCCAGAACAAAAAUCUACUGAUAAUUUCCUCACCCCCUGGUCAUCCAAGAUGUUCAUGUCUUUCUUUCUUCAUUAAAGAAAUGAUGUUUUUUUAAGAAAACAUUUCAGAUUUUUCUCCAUAUAGUGACCUUCAAUAGUGUCCUGGAGUUUGACCUUCCAAAAUGCAGUUUAAAUGCAGCUUGAAAGAGUAGUGUUUACGUUAGGUUAAUAUCUAUGCAUUGAAAAUAUAGUCAGUGAAUGUUUUUUGGGGAUUAAUUGCAGCUCAGCCUCUUUCCUGUCCAGGCCUAUACAGUGUUUCUAUAUUAAUAUUAAAAGCCAUUUUGAAUUGGAUUCAUUAUUGGGGUUUGGAACUUAACUGUUUAAUGUUAACUGCUUACAUGAUGUCAUGAGGUCAUGUGACCAAUUGGCAUCAUGUAGAAUUCUGAAUUCUGUUCAGAACAUCACCUGACGACGUACAUAGCAACCAUCCUCAGACCACCUUUAGCUAUCGACAGAGAAACAGUGCCCCUUGUGUAGCAGCGAUUUUACACCAUUUAGCAGCAUUUUACAGCGUUUAGCAGCAUUUCACCACUUUUAACUGUUUUAUACAAUGGCUGCACUGUUUGUGAAAGAUCUUCACCCUGAAGUAUCAGAGGUGAUACUUUCUAAUAGAUUUAGACCUGCAGGACACGUCCAAUCUGUCCACAUUUGCAGGGACAGGAAGACCGGCUCUCCUCUCGGAUACGCGUACGUCAACUUUCGCUAUCGAGAUGACGCUGAGAGAGCCAUCGAUAUGUUCAAUUUUGAACUCCUCCUGGGGAGACCCAUGCGUGUCAUGUGGUCAAACUGGGAACCCACCGCCAAGCCCAUCAAGGGAGGGAACAUAUUCAUCAGGAACCUUGAUUGGUCCAUUGACUGCACCUCCCUGUUUGACACUUUCUCUGUGUUCGGGAGGAUCGUGUCAUGCAAGGUUGUGGAAUCAAAAGGUUAUGGGUACGUUCAGUACGAGUCAGCGGAGGCGGCGGAACGGCUGAACGGAAAACUCCUGAACGACCGCCAAGUGUAA